AUGGGAGACAAACUACAAUGGUCGAACGAGCAAGUAAAAUGUUUAUUAGAUACAUGUAUCGAAGAGGUCAACAGAAUUGGUAGAAAAGGAGGUAGCAUGCACAAGGAGUCUUGGGUUACGUUAGGGAAACCUCUAAAAGAAAAGUUUGACAUGGAUACUUCACAAAAACAAUUGAAAAAUGCUUUUGAUAAUCUAAAAGCUAAAUACGUAGGGUGGAAAUAUUUGAGAAACAAGACAGGGAAUUUAUACAAUGCUCAAACAAAUUCAUUUGCCUUAGUGAACACAGAAAGGGAAGAAUUCAAGAAGGGUUAUCCAAAGGCAGGAUCAUUGAGGACACACCCAUUGCCUUAUCCCAACCUUUGUGCAUCUUUGUUUGAUGGAAGUAGUGCCAGCGGUAGCAUCAAAUGGACCUCUACUCAAAUUACAGCCGCAGAUACAUCAUAUUCUUCUUAUCGUGUCCAAAGACUUCUGAUUGAUGACAACCCUUUAAAUGGCCUAGAAGAUGAUGAUGAUGAUGAUGACGCUUCCAAUGACACUAGUGCUUGA